AUGCCACAUGAGAAUGAUUCUUUGAGCAAUGAAGCUGCUGAGCUGCAGUAUCAGGGCUUUCUGGAGAGGCUGAUGAUUUCCACAGUAACUACAGCUCCGGCUUGUGUGUUUCUCUACAUUAACGGGACCAUGUUGUUCACUCUGAGGAGUAAAGCUGUGUUUUGUGAGACUGCCCGUUACAUUCUGCUGUAUAACCUCCUGUUUGCAGAAACUGUGCAACUUAUUCUGAGUCAGAUUCUGUUCUUGUUGGCUGCUUGUAGAAUAACACUGACGUAUCCUGUUUGUGGACUUCUGACUGUGAUUGCUGAACUCACGACCAUUAUCUCUCCUCUCACUCUGGUGGUGAUGUCUGUGGAGAGAUAUGUAGCUGUGUGUUACCCACUGAGACAUGUUGACAUCAUCACUAUCAGAAACACAAGCGUGUCGAUCGUAUUGGUUUGGACCUUUUCAUCUCUAAAUGUUUUCAUUCGAAUUCUUCUACUGGUAAUCUUUCCUUCUGAACACCUGCAGAGUCUGCAGAUGAAGCAAAUUUGUUCUGUCAUAGCAGUGUUUGCUGGACCAAUAUCUCAUACUUAUAGCAAAACUGUGACAUGUGUUCUGUUCAUAUCAGCUGCUGUGGUGAUCAUUUCCUCCUAUAUCGGUGUUGCAGCAGCAGCCAGGUCGGCCUCUGCAGACAAAGUUUCAGCCCAAAAGGCUCGAAACACGCUGCUGCUGCAUCUGGUGCAGCUGGGCCUCAGCCUCUCCUCCACCAUUUACAACCCACUGCUCAUCUCUCUGUCAACAAUAGUGACCAGGAUUGUGUUUGUGCGCCUCCAAAGUUUUGUUUAUAUGUUUACUUUCAUUGUGCCCAGAUGUCUGAGUUCGCUCAUCUACGGCCUCAGAGAUCAGAGCAUCAGACCCGUCCUCAUGUUUAACCUCUGCUGCCGACUGAGACUCUCAGUCGUCAAAUUGAAGUCUGAGGUCUCAUCCUUGACUUAA